GACCACGUGGGGAAAAGCUCCGCAGAGGUAAACAACGGAGAGGCGCUUGGGUCGCCUUGUCAACUCAGCAUGUAAAAACUUUUUUUUGUGCCCUAUUUGUUUUGUUUUUUUGUUUUGUUUUACUUUAUAAGUCGUUUAGACGAAGCGCCAAGGUUUCGUUUUCGAAGCAGGCCAUUCCUCUAGAUCAUGCCCCACGACCCCGAUCCUCCUCCGGCUAAGAAAUUCAAGCCGGGGUCUCCCUUUCUUCGUCUGGACAAGAACAAGCCUGGGAUGCUGCUGCCCCGGAAAGGGAACACGUCCACCCCGCUAGAAGUGCAGAGGAAACAGCUCCCCAUCUACCAGGCCAAGCCGCAGCUACAGAACCGGCUCCGACAGCUGCACAGCGCCGUGCUCAUAGGUGAAACUGGCUCUGGAAAGACCACCCAGAUCCCCCAGUACUUGUAUGAGGCUGGUAUUGGACGGCAAGGUUUAAUUGCGAUCACCCAGCCCCGCCGAGUGGCUGCAAUCUCACUGGCAGGGAGGGUAGCAGAGGAGAAAAGGACUCAGCUCGGCAAGCUGGUUGGCUACACGGUGCGUUUCGAGGAUGUCACCUCUUCUGAGACCAAGUUGAAGUUCAUGACAGAUGGCAUGCUGCUGCGUGAGGCCAUCGGAGACCCUUUACUGCUGCGCUACACUGUUAUAGUGCUGGAUGAAGCCCAUGAGCGUACCGUGCACACAGACGUACUGUUUGGAGUGGUCAAGACAGCUCAGCGAAGGCGCAGGGAACUAAACAAGAUCCCCCUGAAGGUCAUAGUGAUGUCAGCCACCAUGGAUGUGGACUUAUUCUCUGAGUAUUUUAACAAAUCUCCUGUGUUGUAUCUGGAGGGCAGGCAACACCCCAUCCAGAUCUACUACACCAAGCAGCCGCAGUCCGACUAUCUCCAGGCUGCGCUGGUUUCUGUUUUCCAGAUCCAUCAGGAAGCUCCUCCAUCCCAUGAUAUUUUAGUUUUCAUGACUGGCCAGGAAGAGAUUGAGGCUCUGGCCAGGACAUGUCGGGACAUUGCCAAGCACCUGCCUGACAGUUGUGGUCCCAUAGUAAUUAUCCCCUUGUAUGCAUCACUGCCCCCGCUGCAGCAGCUCAGAGUCUUCCAGCCUGCUCCCAAGGGCUGUAGGAAGGUUAUUCUCUCAACCAACAUUGCUGAGACAUCGGUCACAAUUUCUGGGAUCAAAUACGUCAUUGACACGGGGAUGGUGAAAGCCAAACACUUUAAUCCAGAUAGCGGUCUGGAGGUUCUUGCGGUGCAGCGGGUUUCCAAAGCCCAGGCAUGGCAGCGAGCAGGCAGGGCCGGCAGAGAGGACUCGGGCCUCUGCUACCGUCUCUAUACUGAGGAGGAAUUCAACAGUCUCAUACCGAUGACUGUGCCCGAGAUCCAGAGGUGUAACUUGGCCAGUGUGAUGCUGCAUCUCAUGGCUCUAGGGAUUCAAGAUGUGAUGAAUUUUGAUUUUAUGUCCAAACCUUCCCCUGAGGCCAUCCGUUCUGCUGUAGAGCAGUUAGAGCUGUUGGGAGCUGUAGAGAGGAAGGAGGAGCAAGUCAUCCUCACUGCCCUGGGCAAGAAGAUGGCCAGCUUCCCUCUGGAGCCCAGAUAUGCCAAGACCAUCCUGUUGUCUCCAGACUUCUCCUGCUCUGAGGAAGUUUUGAGUAUCGUGUCUCUGCUGUCAGUGGACUCAGUGCUGUACAACCCUCCAGCCAGAAGGGAGGACGUCCUCGCAGCACGCAAGAAGUUCAUCUCCAGUGAAGGAGACCACAUAACGCUCCUUAACAUUUACAGAGCCUUCAAGAAAGUCAGUGGCAAUAAGGAGUGGUGUCGAGAGAACUUUGUCAACAGCAGGAACAUGAGCCUCGUCAGAGAGGUCCAAGCCCAGCUCAGAGAAAUCUGCCUUAAGUUAAAUCUGAAGCUGGAGUCGUGUGGAGUGGACACGGGGAACGUUCGGCGCUGCCUGGCCCACGGGAUGUUCAUCAAUGCUGCGGAGCUACAACCCGAUGGCAGCUACAUAGCACUGAACACCCACCAGCCAGUAGCCAUCCACCCCUCCUCUGUCCUUUUCCAGGCCAAGCCGGCAUACGUGGUCUUCAACGAGUUACUUCACACCUCCCGCUGCUACAUGAGAGACCUCUGUUUGGUGGAUGCGGAUUGGCUGUCGGAUGCAGCGCCAGAGUACUUCAGCCGCAAACUGCAUCUCAGUAAGAGCUAACUAGAGGAGAAACGGUGUAGCUGCUGCAACCACAACUCCCCAGUGACACCAGGACAGUGAGGAGAGAACUGGAAAAGCUCCCCUGAGACUCCCCUCAGUCAUUCUUUUCACUUACAUUUUGAACAAAAACACUGGUUAUGUGCCAGUGGAAAAGCAAACAUUGGCUCUUAGGUGUGAAUUUCUCUACCUCUCAAUGACAAGCAAGUGUCACAAGCAGCAGAAAACUACAUAUCUAGGAUUCACAAUUUGAUCUUCUUUAGGAGGCUAUUUCCAGUCUAACAAAACGGUUUUCUCCACACUAUAUUCUUUCAUCUUCCUGGUUUGCCACCUAAUACUUCGACCACUGGAAAAGUAGUGUCAGUACAAGGUGCUAUGAUGAAGUUCUUAAAAGAUUUGCAUGUUUUUUUUUUUUCCUUUCUUUUUUACCAGCCUAGAAGACCUGACAGGAUCAUGGUACCAUUCUCCAUACAAGUUCAGUCUGCGGUUGAUUUAUAUCAGAAACUUAAAUUUGUUAUGCUAGAAGAAUUUUGUUACCUAAUGAAACCUCGACCAUUGGAUCAUGUGCACAACGUAUGGAAAUUUCAUGAAAUGUUCUACUGUAAUAUAACAGUAAAGUAAGUAAAAGUGUAUUUUGAAAAUUCAGUUGGCUGCUCAUUAGUUGUUUUCAUCAGCUGUUUUAUUUGAUUGAUUGGCUUCUAAUAGGUUAGAGUAGAUAAUGGUGACCUGUCCUGUGUCAGAGGUUCUGUCCAUAUAUAAACCGUUAUGGAUAUGGGCUGCACAUGAUGUUGUCACAUAGUGUAUCCGGAAAGUAUUCACGCCCCUUCAC